AUUGCGGCUCUACAACGGGAGAAUCGACUGAUGGUGACGGCGUGGUACGACUUGUCGAGCAGAUUGCAGAACAAUGGCGUGUCAUUGAGUAGGAGAAGGCAGGAGCCGAAGAGUUGGAUCGGGAAGCAGAGAGCUAUGGUUGGACCUGGCAGCAGUAGUACCGCAAACCGUCGAUAG